UUGGAAUUUUGACCCAAAUUAUGAGAACCCAAUUCCUGGGUAUUUGGAGAAGUAAUUGGACCCAAUGCUCCAACCAUACAGAUUGCGCAGGAACAGGCAGUUGACAGUUCUCUCCAUCACUGAAUCAAGAAUAUUCUGUUUUUUCUCCUCCUCUCUUUCAGGCCAUUGAAUGCAGAUACUCUCAUUGUCAAUCUCACUUUUCCCAGAUAACUGAAUUUCUUUGAAACGGAGAGGAUACACUCUGUCAAUGGCAUUGGCAGCAAAUACCAUAAUCUCCCAAAACAGAACCUUAAACUCAAUCAGUUUCCCACUGCCAAAGCUCCCGAACACAUACCCUCAUCAUCCCUCCAAACUCACUCUUCAUCCACUUCAACCUAAAUCCAAUUAUCACUGUUACCAACCAACUCUGCCCGUCUCUCUCGUCGCGAAAACCAGCUUAUCUGACAUUCAAGUUCCCUCCACCACCACCACAACUAAUUCAUGGCCAGAAUUUGCCAAAAAUGUGUCCGGUGAAUGGGAUGGACAUGGAGCUGAUUUCACAAGUAAAGGAAUCCCAAUUGAACUUCCUGAGUCUGUUGUACCUGAAGCUUAUAGAGAGUGGGAGGUUAAGGUUUUAGAUUGGCAGACCCAGUGCCCCACACUUGCUCAACCAGAAGAGAGUUUUAUGUUUUACAAAACAAUAAAACUACUCCCAACUGUUGGAUGUGAAGCAGAUGCUGCAACACAGUAUAGCAUUGAUGAGCGAAACAUUGGAGGCGAAGUUAAUAAAGUUUCUACUUUUGCAUAUCAAUCUAGUGGUUGUUAUGUGGCUGUUUGGCCAGUUGGGGAUCAUGGUACAUAUAGAUUAUUGGAGUUGGAGCAUUGCUUAAUCAAUCCUCAGGAUCGAGAAUCUCGUGUGAGGAUAAUUCAGGUUGUUCGUGAAGAAAAUAAGAAAAUGGUAUUGAAGAACAUUAAAGUUUUUUGUGAGCAGUGGUAUGGACCAUUUAGAAAUGGUGAGCAGCUUGGGGGAUGUGCAAUCCGUGAUUCUGGUUUUGCAGCUACAGAUGCAAUGAAAGCUUCAGAGGUGGUCGGCGUCUGGCAGGGUCCUAGUGCUGUUGCCUGUUUCACCAGUUCUCAAAAUAAUCCUCCCCAAGAACUUCUAGGUGGCAGCAUGCAGAAGUCGACGAGAGAUGAAUCGGGUGUAAUAUUGCUUCCAAGGCAGUUGUGGUGUUCGCUAAAAGAAAGUGAAGAUGGUGGAACUUUCUGUGAAGUAGGGUGGUUGUUUGAUCAGGGACACGCUAUUACAUCAAGAUGCAUAUUCUCAAGUGAUGCCAAGUUGAAGGAAAUUUCAAUAGCACAAGAAAUUGCAGUUUUGGGGAGUGCUUAGCAAAUAGCGAGGGGUUGCAAUUCAGAUUAGAUAACCCGGAGAGUUACUGUUUUCAUGAAAAGAAAAUGGAUCACUUCCUUAUUUAGGUACAUGUCAAUGAAAGGAACACUUAAUUGAAAUUUUUAUGAUACGAGGUCAAAUUAAUAGCAGUUCUUAAAUAAGAUGAACUGAUUCUACAGCUUCUGCUGUACUUUUGUAAUUUUCUUUUCUGAUGUAAUAUAUGAUUCAUGAACAAUGAUCAUAAUUUGUAAAGUUUUCACAGU